AUGCGAUCAGCGUCCACUGCAGAAAGCAGUCACGUACGACACGACGACCAGCCACCGCAAAGUAAUUCUCACAACGCCAAUUCUGCCACCCAAGGGGCUGCCGGGGCUGCACAUCGAGCCAAGGCCAGGUCGUACCUUCGCCCGUACGUGCGCAUCGGCCAGAAAUGGUGCGGGUGUGACUCCCCAGGUACCCAGGGCCGCAUGAUCAUCGAUGUCACGCCCCGACCUCGUGUCAUCCGCGCCUGGGCAGAGGGCUCAAAGGUCCCCGCCUACAUCUUGGAAAUGCACUCUUCCCACUCCUCUUCUUCUACUUCUCGUAGUCCCGACGUCGACAUCGACGUCCGUCUCUGCGAAGAGGCACAUCCACGCACUCCCACACCUCGCCGAAGCCGAGACCGAGAUCGCCACACCGAUCGAGCGGAUCCAACGGCCGACACCCGGAACGACAAAGCCCGCACCUCGAAGCGCACUAAGGAUCACGUUCCCACUGGCGCAGCGUCGGGCCCAUCAGGAUCGCACUACCCAUCUCGCUCGCACCACGCACAGGCAGCACAGCCCGCGCGCGCCGAGAGCUCACGCACCGCCCGUGCUCGCACUCACACUCAAAACGCUAAUCCCCGACCGUCGUUGCGAGAUCCAUCCUACUCGACCAAAGCGGCUGCGGCCACUCCUCAAACCCCGCGUACCGGCUACUCCCUACGUACCGGGCGACCACCGUCGCUCUCCCUCUCGCCUGGCCCCUCUCGGCGCCGCUCUCUCGACGUAGACGUCUUCUACGACCCCGUCGACCCGCACGGCCGCAUCGCGCAGGCGCUCCUCAGCUCCUCUUCCUCUUCCAGCCUCGACGCCCUCGUCGUCCCGGGCACACCGCGCUCCAAGUCCUCCCGCGUCUCCUGGAACCUGAAUCCCGCCGGCUCCUUGCGCACCUACAAGCCCAAGUCGAAAUCGAGGCCCAGUUCAAUAACGAAGAUCAUGAGCAAGCUGCGUACCGCACCCCCUGGUGUUGCGCCGACGCUGCACCCGAAAGUGACCGCGUACCGGCAGCAACUGGCAAAGACGAAGAACCUCAUCUCCGACAUCGCAUUCAAGGAGGCGAACGACCGCGAGCUCCGGCUCAAGAUCCACAAGGCCUUCAGCGCCGUCGAGGAGUUUGCAGUCCUCGACCCAGAGUACACGGCCGUGCUCCAGAGUCUUGAGUACGAAUCCCUGAAGCACCUGUCCGAGGACCUCGAGCGCCUCCUCAUCCGCUGGCAUCCUGACAUGGCGCCCAAGCCGCCCAAGCCGCCUACGCCGCCCGAGACGCCCGAUCUUAAGGAGACCGGCUCGCAACUUGGGUCGCACCCAGCCUCUGCCUCUGCUCGAUCACGAUCAGCCGCCAGCGAAGUGCCCGCGAAGAAGGGCUUCUUCUCCAAAUUCAAGUGCACCUGA